AUGGAAGUAGGAAACUACACCAGAGUGACUGAGUUCAUCAUCAUGGGCCUGACAGAGGACCCUAUGCUUUGUGUCACCUUCUUUGUGAUGUUUCUGGGAGUCUAUGUUGUCACCAUAGUAGGCAACAUCAGCAUAAUCACUUUAAUAAGAAGCUGUGCCCAGCUUCACACCCCCAUGUACCUCUUCCUCAGCCAUUUGGCUCUUGUGGACAUUGGCUAUUCCACAUCUGUUACACCUAUAAUGCUGAUAGAAUUCAUUAGACAUAGAAUGACCAUCCCUGUUGCUGGUUGUGAAGCUCAGCUCUGUUUCGUGGUCCUGUUUGGGACAGUUGAGUGUUUUCUUCUGGCUGCCAUGGCCUAUGAUCGCUAUGUGGCCAUCUGCUCUCCUCUGCUCUACUCCACCCACAUGUCCCCCAAAGUCUGUGUCCUCUUGGUGGGAGCUUCCUAUGUUGGAGGGUGUGUGAAUUCCUGGACAUUUACUAGUUGUCUAUUGAGCCUGUCAUUCUGUGGACCCAAUGUGAUAGACCACUUUUUCUGUGAUUUCUCCCCUAUGUUGAAACUGUCUUGCUCAGACAUCUCCCUUAUUGAAAUCAUCCCUUCCAUCUCUUCUGGCUCCAUCAUUGUGGUCACCGUGUUUGUUAUAGGUCUGUCCUACAUCUACAUUCUCAUCACCAUCCUGAGGAUGCGCUCCACUGAAGGGCGACACAAGGCCUUCUCCACCUGCACCUCCCACCUCACUGCAGUCACCCUCUACUAUGGAACAAUUACCUUCAUUUAUGUCUUGCCUAAAUCUACUUACUCAACUGCCCAGAACAAAGUGAUCAGUGUUCUACACAGUGGUGAUCCCCAUGUUGAACCCCCUCAUCUAUAG